AUGGACAAAGGGAGAGGGCAGCAGCCCUAUAACAAAGAUGAAACACCAGGUGUCUUUUGUCAAGGAAUUCCUGUUGCUGACUUUGAUAUCAUUGACUGGGCAGUAUUUCCUAAUAAGUCUGCUGCUGGGGUGAAAAUUGGAAAUAUUGGAAAAGAAGAAGUCUCUUCAGAUAUCAAGUUCUCCAUCAAUGAGAAUGCCAUCAUAUGGCCAUCAUCCUUUAAUCAGGUAACCAAGUCUGCUAGUUUAAGGCCCCUUUUUCUAGAUGUACUAAAAGUUGCUUCCCGGGAUACACCAAGCUCACAAGAGAGGGAGAACCAGUUUGCUGCUAUGACUGCUCUCCAUGUAUGGAAGGAACAAUCUCCACUCAGGAAGAUAAAGAGCAAUUCAUGUUUUACAGAUGCAGCACAUUGUGAAAAGUGUCCAGAUGAAGAGUAUUCCAACAAGAAGCGAGAUCAGUGUGUUCCCAAAGUUGAGACUUUCCUGUCCUAUAAAGAAAUAUUAGGUCUCAUCCUGGCUAUCGCUGCCUUUUUUCUCUCUCUAAACACUGCCUUAGUUCUAGGAAUCUUCAUUAAAUAUCAAGAAACCCCCAUAGUCAAAGCUAACAAUCGGGAUCUCACCUACAUUCUCUUGGUCUCUCUCCUGCUUUCCUUCUUGACCUCCCUUUUAUUCAUUGGUCAGCCCAAGAAAGUGACUUGCCUUCUUCAACAAAUCACCUUCAGUGUGGUUUUCUCAGUUGCUGUCUCUUCCUUGCUGGCCAAGACUAUCAUGGUGGUGGUGGCAUUUUUGGCCACAAAGCCAGGCAGCAGGAUGAGGAAAUGGUUGGGGAAAAGUCUGGCCAACUCCAUUGUAUUGUCCUGCUCUGGGGUUCAGGUUGGUAUCUGCACUACAUGGUUGGGAAUCUCUCCCCCAUUUCCACAUUCUGACAUGCAUUCUCAACCAGGAGAGAUCCUCCUGCAAUGUAAUGAAGGCUCAAUCACCAUGUUCUACACUGCCCUUGGCUACAUGAGCUUUCUGGCUGCCAUCUGCUUCUUCGUGGCUUUCCUGGCACGCAAACUUCCGGGGACUUUCAAUGAAGCCAAGUGGAUCACCUUCAGCAUGCUGGUUUUCUGCAGUGUUUGGGUCUCCUUUGUCCCUACCUACCUGAGCACUAAAGGGAAAUACAUGGUGGCUGUACAGAACUUCUCCAUCUUGGCCUCCGGCCUGGGUUUAUUGGGCUGUAUUUUUGUCCCCAAAUGUUACAUCCUUAUUCUGAGACCUGACAUGAACACUAAGGAGCAUCUAAUGAUAAAAACCAAUGAGGGCUCUUGAGCUUGGAAGGUCUUUUUUACCCAAAUUAUUGUUAAGAUAAAAUAGGAUACAUUGAAAGUAAAAUCUUUGUUAUAUGUUCUAAGAACUGUCUAUCAUGUGAACAUUCAAUUAUGACUGAUACAGUAACAUAUAUUAAACGUUUGUAAGAAGUCAUUUUCUUUUGAAUAAUUACUUUAUUUUAUCCCAAUCCAUAUUUAGGAAGAAUAAUAAAAUAUGACUAACCAUAUUUUUUCUGAAACCAAUUAAGAGAGCAUUAUAGAACUCCUUUGCUUUAUCUAAUCAUUAGAAGAGACAACAAACUUUUGUUAACCGUUGACGAAGUUCUGAUGUGUUUUCUUUUCUUUCUUUUCAUGUCAUGGGUUGAACCUUUUUCCUCUACCUGGGCAAUUAGUUAUUUGCUGCCUUGACUUUUGUCUGCACAUCAUCUGAGCCAAUCUGAUUGUUUAUUUGAAAAAUAUAGUGUGCUAACAUAGAGAAGGUUGUCGAAGUUUGUUCCACUAAUGUAGAACCUCGUUUCUCCUCUUCUAAUUCAAAUUCCCUUAAUACCAUUUCAGCACACAGAAUGAAUAAAUAAGAACAAAGUAUAUUGUCUUGUCUCACUUCUUUACCAUCCUGGCAUCAUUCUGUUUUACCUUGUUCUGUUCAAAGUUUGGCUUCCUGUCUUAUGUAUAGGUUUCUCAUGAAAAUAAUGUGAUAUUGUGCAAUUCUCAUUUCUCAAGAAAAUUUCAUGGCUAAACAUAGUUUAUUUGCUUAAAUUAUUUAUUUAUUUUAAAAGGUUUACAUAGUCACCCAUCUUAAAAUAAUUCUGCCAGGCUUACAACAAUAAGCCUGCAGAUGUAAGACUCUAUUAUAUUCUGGAAGUUCAUAUAAAAUGAGAUGGAUUAGGUCUAAGAUGUCUACAGCUUAUUGCCAAUAUGCUUGUUCAAACCUGCAGCCUUUCUCCCCACCCCAAUCCGCUUUUUUUGAAUAUACCCAAAUUGAAUUUAAUCUAAAAUAGCCUUCCCAUGCACAGAGAAUAAAGAUUUAUCUCAGGUAUACUCACUCAAAAGAGCUGCAACAGGUCAACUAUGUGUUUCAUAAUGUUAUAGCCACUGUGUUCCACAAAUAG